AUGGCGCCGGGAAUCCUGGAGACGGAGUCCACGGGCGCAGUCGAGAAGCCCAUCAGCCUGUCUGCGUUGACUGAGGACUGGGAUGACACUAUUCGGUUCUAUCUCAACGGCACCAAGGUUGCACUAGACACGAUAAACCCGGAAGUGACUCUACUCGAAUACUUGCGGGGUAUUGGGUUGACAGGCACGAAGCUCGGAUGUGCCGAGGGAGGCUGUGGUGCUUGCACUGUGGUCGUCUCCCAUAUCAAUCCGACAACGAAGAAAAUCUACCAUGCCUCCGUGAAUGCCUGUAUCGCUCCACUCGUUAGCAUUGAUGGUAAGCACGUUAUCACAGUCGAAGGGAUUGGGAAUGUGAAAGAUCCCCACGCCAUCCAGCAGCGGAUUGCGGUCGGCAAUGGAAGUCAAUGUGGUUUCUGUACUCCUGGAAUAGUCAUGUCUCUUUAUGCUUUGCUACGAAACAAUUCAUCUCCCUCGGAACACGAUGUUGAAGAAGCCUUCGAUGGAAACCUUUGCCGCUGCACGGGUUACAGACCUAUUCUGGAUGCUGCCCAGAGCUUCAACUCGACCAACAACUGCGGAAAAGCCUCUGCGAAUGGUGGUUCGGGCUGCUGUAUGGAGAAAAAUGGAUCCGGUGGCUGCUGCAAAGGGUCCACCAAGAAUGGCGAGAUUGAGACUGUCGAUUACAAGUUCCCUGCGCCAGAAUUCAAGCCGUACAGUCCAGACACAGAGUUGAUCUUCCCUGUCGCCCUGCGGAAACACGAAUACCGACCCUUGGCAUAUGGCAACAAGAAGAAGAAGUGGUACCGACCGGUGACCGUCGAGCAAUUGUUGCUGAUCAAGAGCGUCCACCCAGAUGCUAAACUAAUUGGCGGAAGCACGGAGACACAGAUUGAGGUUAAGUUCAAGGCAAUGCGAUACGCGGCCUCCGUCUACCUGGGAGAUAUCCCCGAAUUGCGACAAUAUACCUUGCACGACAACUAUCUGGAGAUCGGCGCAAAUGUGUCUUUAACAGACCUCGAACACAUCUGUGACCAAGCGGUAGAAAAGUACGGCGAUAUCAGAGGCCAACCUUUCAAAGCAAUCAAGAAGCAGUUGCUCUAUUUCGCUGGGCGACAGAUCCGAAACGUCGCUUCCCCGGCGGGUAACCUGGCCACUGCAUCGCCCAUCUCUGAUCUUAAUCCGGUUUUGGUAGCCACUAACACUAUCCUCGUGGCCCAAUCCCUCGAAGGAGAGACUGAAAUUCCAAUGACCGAAUUCUUCCAAGGAUACAGAAAGACUGCCCUCGCUCCCAACGCGAUCAUUGCUAGCUUGCGCAUUCCAGCCGCGAAGGCUCAGGGAGAGCACAUUCGAGCCUACAAGCAAUCUAAGCGGAAGGACGAUGAUAUUGCCAUUGUCAACUCCGCCUUACGCGUGACUCUUUCUAAGACCAAUGAUGUGGUCAGCGCCAAUCUUGUGUUUGGUGGCAUGGCAGCUAUGACCGUCUCAGCAAAGAAUGCCGAGGCGUUUUUGGUUGGCAAGAAGUUCACGAACCCCGCAACUCUAGAGGGUGUCAUGAGCGCACUGGAGCAGGAUUUCAACCUGCCAUUUGGAGUUCCUGGUGGUAUGGCUAGUUAUCGGAAGUCUUUGGCUCUGGGAUUCUUCUACAGAUUUUACUACGACGUACUUUCAGAACUCGAUGUCAAGGCUUCGGAUUUAGAUCCAGAUGUUGUUGCUGAGAUUGAAAGAGCAAUUUCUACAGGAGCUAAAGACCUUGAAAGCUCUGUCGCCUACCAACAGAAGAUUCUUGGACGAGCGACUCCGCAUGUUGCGGCGUUGAAGCAGUCCACCGGAGAGGCUCAAUACACAGAUGACAUUCCUGUGCAACAGAAUGAGUUAUUCGCGUGCAUGGUUCUGUCCACCAAGCCUCAUGCCAAAAUCCUUAGCGUUGACCCGUCCGCUGCAUUGGACAUUCCAGGUGUUGCAGACUACAUUAACCACACGGAUCUUCCGAAUCCCAAAGCAAAUUGGUGGGGACAACCCAAGUCCGAUGAGCUUUUCUUUGCCGUCGAUGAAGUUUUUACUGCUGGUCAACCGAUUGGUGCCAUUCUAGCGACCAGUGCCAAAAUCGCCGAGGAAGGUAUGAGGGCUGUCAAGGUCGAAUAUGAAGACCUCCCGAGUAUCCUUACGAUGGAGGAGGCCAUUGAGGCGAAGUCUUUCUUUGACCACUAUCGCUCGAUCAAAAAUGGUGAUACCGAGGAAGCGUUCAGAAAAGCUGACCACGUCUUUACUGGAGUCUCGCGAAUGGGUGGCCAGGAGCACUUCUACCUGGAAACCCAAGCAUGUGUGGCGAUUCCAAAGCCGGAGGAUGGUGAAAUGGAGAUUUGGAGUGGUACCCAGAAUCCCAACGAAACACAAGCCUAUGUCGCUCAGGUGACAGGAGUAUCUGCGAACAAAGUUGUAUCGCGCGUGAAGCGACUUGGUGGUGGCUUUGGAGGCAAGGAGUCUCGAUCUAUCCAGCUGGCUGGUAUUUGUGCCAUUGGCGCUGCGAAAACAAGACGGCCCGUGCGAUGUAUGCUCAACCGUGAUGAAGAUAUUUUGACUUCUGGUCAGCGGCACCCGUUCCUCUGCCAUUGGAAGGUUGGUGUGACGAAAGAAGGAAAACUCCUUGCUCUUGAUGCAGAUGUAUACGCCAAUGGCGGUCAUACGCAAGAUCUAUCCGGUGCUGUCGUGGAGCGAAGCUUGUCACACAUUGAUAACGUUUAUAAAAUACCGAAUGUCAAUGUGCGCGGCUGGGUCUGCAAAACCAAUACAGUAUCAAACACAGCUUUCCGUGGUUUCGGCGGCCCACAAGGCUUGUUCUUUGCCGAGUGUUAUAUAUCGGAGAUUGCAGAUCGUCUGGAUAUUCCGGCCGAAGAGAUUCGGGCCAUCAAUAUGUACAAGGCAGGUGAGAUGACGCAUUUCAACCAGCCUCUCAAAGAUUGGCACGUGCCUUUGAUGUACAAGCAAGUGCUAGAGGAGAGCUCUUACAAGGAGCGUCGGAAGGCUGUCGAGGAAUACAACGCGCAGCACAAGUGGUCCAAACGCGGAAUGGCGAUUGUGCCAACCAAGUUCGGUAUUUCUUUCACAGCUCUCUUCUUGAACCAAGCAGGAGCUUUGGUUCACAUCUACCACGACGGCAGUGUCCUCGUAGCACACGGUGGUGUUGAAAUGGGACAAGGCCUUCACACAAAGAUGACCAUGAUUGCCGCCGAAGCACUGCAAGUGCCGCAGUCGAACGUCUUCAUUUCGGAAACAGCGACCAACACAGUGGCCAAUGCCUCCUCAACGGCCGCCUCGGCAAGCUCCGAUCUCAACGGCUACGCGAUUUUCAAUGCCUGUGAAGAAUUAAACAAACGCCUACGUCCCUUCCGCGAGAAGAUGCCCAACGCCACCAUGAAAGAACUAGCCCACGCAGCCUACUUCGACCGUGUCAACCUCUCCGCACAAGGCUACUACCGCACCCCGGAUAUCGGCUACGUAUGGGGCGAGAACAGCGGCCAGAUGUUCUUCUACUUCACGCAAGGAGUCACGGCAUCCGAAGUCCAAAUCGACACACUGACCGGUGACUGGACGCCUCUACGCUCCGACAUAAAGAUGGACGUAGGUCGCAGCAUCAACCCCUCAGUGGACUACGGCCAGAUCGAAGGCGCCUAUGUCCAAGGACAAGGUCUCUUCACCACCGAAGAGAGUCUCUGGCACCGAGCCUCGGGCCAGAUAUUCACCAGAGGCCCGGGAAACUACAAGAUCCCCGGCUUCCGUGAUAUCCCGCAGGUCUUCAAUGUCAGUUUGCUUAAGGAUGUGGAGUGGGAGAACUUGCGCACGAUUCAACGCUCGCGGGGUGUCGGCGAGCCGCCCUUGUUUAUGGGUAGUGCGGUCUUCUUUGCUAUUCGUGACGCUUUGAAGGCGGCGCGUAAGCAGUGGAACGUCACUGACGUGCUCUCUUUGGAGUCCCCUGCCACCCCCGAGCGGAUUCGGGUUAGUUGUGCGGAUCCGAUCAUCGAGCGCGUGAGAGUGCAUCCUAAGGAGGGGGAAAAGAGUUUCUUUGUUGCCAUAUAG